GGAUAUUGGAAUUCCCUACUUAGCAGCAGUUUUAACUUCUAGGUCAGUUAAUGUGUCACAUUUAGGUCUGUUGUUCAUAACACGAAGGCUAAGCCAGUCGGUCUUUUUCCAUUUACCAUCAAAUAAAGAAAGAUUUUCGAUUUCGGAAUUCGUUCAAAUUAUCCAGACUAUACCUAGACAUUUUUGUGGAUUCUAUAAUCGAAAAGAAUGGUUUCACUUGAUGUUCCUCUCCCAACUGUUGAGGAACUAACAGUUCCAGAACUAAAGAUAUCAAAGUGUCCACUGCUGGCUGCGAGCAUUCAUUUAGGGAAGUUCUGUGACAAUCAAUCUAAGGAAUUCAUGCUUUGCCAUUAUGAAACACACGACCCAAGAGCUUGUCUUGAAGAGGGGAAGGCGCUCACCAGUUGCGCUCAAACGUUUUUCAAACAGGUUAAAAGUCAUUGUAGUGAUGAAUUUCGUAAUUAUUUUACCUGUCUUUAUAAGUAUGGAGGACCAGCUUACAGCUUAGAAAAGUGCCGUUCAGCUCAGUAUCCUUUCGAUGAAUGUAUAAAAACUCACCUUAACCAAGAACGUCCGAAAACGAGUUACUUUAAUGUUGUUCGCCUCCAUAAAACCAAUCGACCUAGGUACGAACCAGGAUUAGCUCCAAUGCCCGAAAGAAUUCCAGACCUACCUGAUUUAGAUAAAUUUGAAGUGCCUGAUCGUAUCAAAUAUAGACAAAAGAUAAACGAACUAUUAGCUUAGACCAAUCUAGUGUUUCAAUAAAGUACAACAUUUUAUUAUUGCUAAGCAUAUAUUAAUGUAGUAAUUCUAGCUUGGUAAUGUUUAACAUUCUAAAACCUGUUAAUUCAAUUUGUAAAAUUUAUUGAAAUAGUUGAUCGAAAUUUCGUUUUGGAAACGUAUUUAUAGUGCAGAAGAAUCUAUUCAAUAAAAUACCUGACGUCUCAAAUGAUUAUUAUUCUCAGACUGAAUACCUGUAGAAAACGUUAUCAUCUACAGAUAAAAUGAAAACAAUAAAAUCUGGAAAAUGGAAUAAAUCUUUAUUUUUUAAAUCCUAACUUUUCACUCUCUACAA